AUGUCUGAACAGCCGGAUAUUAAUGAAAAGUUGGAUAGUAUUUUAAAGAAGAUUGAGGCUUCUAAAGCAGAUAUUUUCCGAUCUGUUGACGCAAAGUUUGCUGGUCUGAAUGAAAACUACGCUCGCACGUGUCAAGAACUUUCUAAGUUGAAGUCUGAAAAGGAUUUUGUGUGGAAGCACGAGGGACACAGAAUUCAGUAUUCUUUUAACUCAGACACAAUCGACGGUUUAAAGCAGAUGAAAUUUGCUUUACAAUACGGAAAAGCCGAUUAUCUAAGUGAGCUUUUGGAGUCUGAGAUCAACAGAGUUGAGAAGAGAAACAAACUCAUCAGGAUUGCUGAUACGUCCGAGGGAGGCUGGGAAACAGUACCUCGAGAAAAAAGAAAUCGAAAACUUUCCGAUUCGCACCUUAUUCCAGGCCAUCAGCGACUGUCACCCAGUCUACCCUGUGUUCUGGCGUUAGCAGUCUGUCUUCUCCUUCCCAGCAGCCCUUUCGUGCUCAGCGACGAGGCACGUGCUUCGCAUGCGGAGACCCAACACACUGGAGGAGAGACUGCCCGUCUGUCACCGGGAGACCUCAGCGAGACAGCAGGGUCGUUGAAGACAGAAAGCUCAACGCCUAAACACGGUAUUAUCAAUUGUGUGUACCAUGAUGCUAUCAGUAAGCUGCCUGCGAGUCUUAAGAGUGAGGUGUCGUCUUUAGCAGAUCUAUUAGAUGAUGCAAGGGCAGCAUCCACUUCUAGAGCGUACGCUUCUGGUUUUCAGCGUUUUAAGGUUUGGGCUCAGUCGCAUGGGUUGUCUGUUGUUAUCCCUAUCGCUCCUUUGUAUUGUGCAUUGUAUUUGCUGUCUCUUAUACAAAACAGUUCAAGCAUUUCUCCUAUAGUGACCGCAUUUUACAGUAUACGAUAUGCUCACGUUAUUGUCGGUAUACCUAGCCCCACCGACAACACCCUUGUGAAAAAUGUUUUAGAAGCAGGCAGGCGAAGACUUUCCAAGUCAGUUGUCAAGAAAGUUCCUGUGACAAGUGAACAUGUAAGAGCUUUGUUCCAAGCAUUCAGUUGCAAAACAUGUUUAAAGGACAGUAGAAUUGUUACUAUGGUUGCUAUUGCAUAUUGUGGCUUUUUUGCGAUCAGAAGAGUUGCUGCAUAUACGUAG